AAGAAUAGAUUGAUAAAGGUAAAGUCGCUAUUCCCGAAGACUGAAAAUGGCAGAAUUGGCUCGCACAUUGCCAGCGUCGUGGUAUUGUAGUUCGCCCUUGUAUCAGCUGGAAAGACGGGCAGUUUUUCUGAAGUCGUGGUACUUGAUCGGACCUGUUGUUCGAUUCCUGGAUGUGGACGAGAAAGUCAGCUUCGAAAUCGCACAGCGACAGAUUUAUGCUAUACGCGUUUCUGCAGCGACUGAAUUUCCAGGCAAGGACGAUUUGAAAGUAUUUGAUGCCAGCACGGGUGACCCACUGCCCAGCCAUGUAACGCCAACAGGACUUUUAUUCGCAGCAUUGAGCCCAUCAGCUCCGUCAUUCCAUGAAUUUUUCCCCGACCUUGAACAACUACUUGCCAAAGUUGACUUCACAAAACGCCCCUGGAGACGUAGUAUAAAAUACGAAGGGAACUUCAACUGGAAGACAAUGGUAGACGGGUAUCAGGAAUGUCUACAUUGCCAGUAUACACACCCAUCAUUCAGCGUCUACUAUCCGCCAACAUUCUAUACGGUAUAUAAUCACCAAAACUUUUCGCAGCACGUUGCAGAUCCGAAGAAACCGGAUGACGGGUUGUUCUUAUAUUUCUUCCCGAUAUGUACGCUGAACGUCUAUGGCGGUGGCAUGAGUUCGUUUCGGGUCUGUCCAACGGAGGAUCCGGGAGUUACCAGGAUGGAAUUUGACUACUACCAUCUAGAAGAAGGUGCAAAGUUUGAAGAGUACUUUCAAUUCACCAGACAGGUGGCGAUGGAAGAUUUCGAGUUGUGUGAAAAGGCCCAGACGAACUUGGAGAGAGGCGUUUAUGGGGAGGGUAUUCUGAAUCCGGAGAAAGAAAGUGGUGUUGCAUACUAUCAAGAAAGAGUUUUCGAUCUUGUUCGACAGCAAUUUGAGGAGGAGAGAGAUAAACAUGAGGCACAAGGCGAUAGUUCAGGAACUGAUUCGGCGCAUACUUCAAGAAUGGUCAAAAUCGAGGCUUGAGCUAGUAUUACAGCAUAUAAUAUAACUUACCUC